UCGAAGAGGGUCAGAAAACAGAGCCGGUUCAAGAUCCGGAGAGCAUCUUUGGUUCUUCCAUUCGCCAGAAAUUUUGGCUGCGUCAAUCCAGGUAACAUCAUGGCCUACCGGUAUAAUGGUAGACAGGAAAUAGGCACCCGAGGCAACCCGCAACAUCAGAAAGAGCAGGCAUAUCAGGGUUCACUAGUUGAUGAUCUAGCAGACGAAUUUCGAUUGCCGAUUAAUCAAAGGCCCACAGAAAAUGUUGAUCUGGAGAAUGUGGAACAAGCAUCAUUGGACACACACAUAGCAUCAUCUAAUGUUGGUUUUAGGCUUCUCCAAAAGAUGGGGUGGAAAGGGAAGGGGCUUGGGAAGGAUGAGCAAGGAAUUACUGAGCCAAUAAAAUCUGGGAUUAGAGACCCAAAAUUAGGAGUUGGAAAACAAGAGGAAGAUGAUUAUUAUACAGCAGAAGAAAAUAUCCAGAGAAGAAAACUCGAUGUGGAAUUAGAAGAGACCGAGGAAAUUGCAAAGAAGCGGGAGGUAUUAGCAGAACGUGAGCAGAAAAUCCAAAUCGAGGUGAAAGAAAUACGCAAGGUGUUCUACUGUGAACUCUGCAGCAAACAAUACAAGUUGGCCGUGGAAUUUGAAGCUCACUUAAGCUCAUAUGAUCACAAUCACAGAAAGCGUUUUAAAGAAAUGAAAGAAAUGCAUGGUUCCAGUAGUCGGGAUGACCGCCAAAAACGAGAGCAACAGCGUCAGGAGAAGGAAAUGGCAAAGUUUGUUCAGAUUGCGGAUGCUCGUAAGCAGCAGCAGCAGCAGCAGUUACAACAGCAACAAGAAGAAUCUGGGCCUGCCCCAGUUUCCACUGAACUGAAAAGUGCUACUACACUUGCAGAUCAGGAUCAACGGAAGGCUUUGAAAUUUGGGUUUUCUUCUAAAGGUGCAACCUCUAAGUCUAAGAUCUCGUUUGGUAGUGCUGCAAAGAAGCCAAAAGUCGGUGUGGCCUCAGUAUUCGGCAAUGAUAGCGAUGAAGAGUAGUGCGACAGUACUGGCCAUCAGCUCUGUACCUUAUCAAGCUUACAUUGCCUCCUUAUGUAGUUUUAUGUGACCUACGACACCAGUUAUACGCAUUUGUGUUGCAUGAGAUGUAAGAUCAUUUUUAUAGUUUUACCAAUCGGAGUUAUAAACAUCGAUGCACAUGAACAAUUGGUUUUGUAACGAACUAUUGUUUGUGAAGACAUAAGUUGGCUCCUCUUGUUUAAAA